ACUGCACACUGUUUGAUCCCUAGUAUAAAUCAGAGAGCGAAUGGCCCCAUGUAAUCCAUUCAACACUGAGUAUACUUUUAAAAAUGGAGAAAUUACUUUGACUUAGAAAAGGGACAAUGUUUUCGGCUCCUGACAUUUAAAUUCCACAAGACAAGAAGAAACAGAGAUCAAAUAUGGUGUCUUCGAGGUUCUUACGGUCAGGCCGGUGUAUAACGUACGGCCUAUUUGUGCUUCUGGUGCUAUCCGUUGUCUUCAUUUUUCUGGAUGAGAGUAAAGUGAGUCAGAUACGCCAGAGACUUCGCAUAAACGUUACGGGUAGUGGUAGUUUGAUGAUCCUUGGGCGAGUCAAUCAAAUGUUGGAUGGCAGCGAGAAAGUCAAAGUUUUACAAUGGAGCGGUCAGUGGGUUGAAAACUUUGAGGUGUGCGAUUCCAGUCAUCCUCCAGCUAGUGUAGUCUCCUACAGACUUUACUCCGGCAAACUUCCGUUUGUUUUGUACGGCGUUGGGAAUAGCGAAGAUGAAAGCCUGCACAGGAAAAUGAGCGAGCUGAGUUACCGAUUUUCGAUGAAAGUUGAUGACUUCAUAUCGAUGUAUUUAGAAAAUUAUCCACGAACAACUUUUGUUGACAUAGGAGCUAGUGUAGGUGUGACAUCAUUACGUAUGGCGCGAAAAGGUCAUCACGUGAUUUCUGUGGAAUCGGACAGUGAGAAUGUUCGUGGACUUUGCAUGUCUGUGGCAGAAAAUAAAGUCAUGGAGAAUAUGACAAUUGUUUACCAUUCAGUAGGCAUCGAAGACUUUACGAGUGUGUUGCCCGGCGAGCAGAAGGCUGAACCACAUACUAUAACGGUAGACAAGGUCUUGUCCUUGUCCAACCGAAAUGUUCUAGUCAAAAUUGACACUGAUGGAAGUGAGCAUACCGUGGUUCUAGGUAGCAAACUUCUUCUCAUGAGUAAGAGGACGCGUGCAAUAGUGGUAACAUGGGAAACUCACAAAGGACAAAAAAGCGGCGAAGACAUGUUAUCUCUUUUUAAUGCAUGGGGAUUUCAUCCGCACGCCUUUCGUGGGUCGGGGUCUGUCCGGCUCGACACUAAAGCACGCGCCCCUUCUUUCUGGCCCAGUGAUGUGAUAUUUCUUCCCGUGGAAUAAACCGCUUAACUUAUGCAGGGUUGCAUUUAAUAUUUAUAUUUUGACAGUGUUAAAUCUACCAGUAUUUAUAUUUAUUUGAGAAAUCGAGUUUUGUUGUUCUACAGUUUUUAGUUGCAGACAUAUUUGUUCCUUAUAUGCUGUGCAAAAUGCUUUGGUUUCCUGUUGAAACAACAAUUUUGUAAACACAUAUAUUUGCAUUUUCCAGUGUCUUUGCCUGUGAUAACACUACGUAUCGAUUUUGUACUAUAUAACCCAUAAUACAAAUGACGCCAAAAUGAGGCGCCAGCGGGGUUUGCUUAUUUUUAUUUAAGUAUUUAAUCGUACGAUGGCUAAAAAUUAUAUAAAUAUAAGUAAUAAGGAAUCAUUCUUUGAAUAUUAUGAGGUGAUAAUUUUGGUCGGGGCGUGAUCAAAUCUAUCAUAAAGCCCUUCGGGCUUUAUUGGAUUUGAUCACGCCCCGACCAAAAUUAUUACCUCAUAAUACUCAAAGAAUGAUUCCUUAUUCCUUAUGUAGAAACAAUACUUUAUUAACAAUAUUUAAGUACUUAUACCAAAAUACGCUCUAAAUAGCAUAUUAAGAAAUCAUAGCUAUGGACGAUUGUUUUUCUAUGAAUUAGGUUUCUUCAUCAGUCCCUUGAUAUAUUUUCCCACAAGGCAUCAAUCGGCUUCCCUAAUAUGUAUGGAAUAAUUAUUAUUUGAGUAUUAUAAGGCUAUAACUUUGGUCGGGACGUGAUCAAAUCAAAUAAAGCUCGAAGGGUUUUAUGAUGGAUUUGAUCACUCCCCGACCACUAUUAUUACCUCAAAAUAUCAAAGAGUGUUAUCUUAUUACUUACAUUUAUGUAAUUUUCAACAACUUCACGAUUAGAUAUGAAAUAAUUGACAUUUUUACGUGUUUUCCAAUUCGUAUAGCAAUGCAAACCAUGCUUAAGCCCCUUACUACGUCAUUUGCGUUACUGAUGAAUUGUAUUGAACUCGAGGUUACUAUUUAAAAAUAGAUUCCUACCGAUAUCACAGACGAAGACACUGGUAAAAGUAAAUAUUAUACAGGGAAUACAUUGUAUCUUAUGAAAAUACUAGUACAGAGAAAAAUUUAACCUUGCAGUAUAUAUGUAGAUGAGAAAAUCAAAAUAACAAUAUUAGAAUCGUG